UUGGCCAGGCCCCGUGGUAGCUCCCUGUUCAGCUCACACACACCUGCCUCUGCUCCGCCUAGGAUGUGGCUCGUGCACGCUCUGCUCUGCAUGUCCAACCUGGCGCCCCUGGGGGCCUUCAACGUGGACGUGGCCCGGCCCUGGGUCACACGGGAGGGAGGCGAGCCUUUCGUGCUCAGCUCUCUUCUGCACCAAGACCCCAGAACCAACCAGACCUGGCUCCUGCUCACCAGCCCUAGGAGCGACAGGACAUCAGCACCCCUGCAUCAAUGUUCCCUGCUCCGGGAUGAAAUCGUUUGCCAACCUGUAGAGCAUGUCCUCAUCCCGAAGGGGAGGCACCAGGGAGUGACGGCGGUCCGGAACCACCAUGGCGUCUUGAUAUGUGUUCAGGUGCAGGCCCAGCGGCCCCACAGCCUCAGCUCAGAACUCACAGGUGCCUGUAGCCUCCUGGCCCCUGACUUGCGCCUCCGGGCCCAGGCCAGCUUCACUGACCUUGAAAAUCUCCUGGAUCCAGACACAUAUGUGGAUGCUAACUGUAACAAGAACAGAGGAGGAAGCACAGGGGAGGAGGAGAACAGGGCCAGGAAGCCCAGGGCUCUGGAGAAGGUGGAGGAAGAGGAGGAAGAAGAGGAAGCUGGCACCGAGAUUGCCAUCAUCUUGGAUGGCUCAGGAAGCAUUGAUCCUCAAGACUUCCAGAAAGCCAAAGACUUCAUUUUCAACAUGAUGGAAAUGUUCUAUGAGAAAUGUUUUGAGUGCAGCUUUGCCCUGGUGCAAUAUGGAACAGUGAUCCAGACUGAGUUUGACCUUCGAGACAGCCAGGAUGUGAACGCCUCACUUGCCAGAAUACAGAACAUAGUUCAAGUGGGGAAUGUCACCAAGACUGCCUCAGCCAUGCAGCAUGUCCUAGACAACAUCUUCACGCCAAGCCGUGGCUCCCGAAAAAAGGCAUCCAAGGUCAUGGUGGUGCUCACGGAUGGUGACAUAUUUGAGGACCCCCUCAACCUCACGACAGUCAUCAACUCACCAAAGAUGCAGGGUGUUGAGCGCUUUGCCAUUGGGGUGGGAAACGCGUUCAACAAUACUAGGACUGAAAGGGAACUGAAGCAGAUUGCCUCGACCCCCAGUGAGACCCAUGCCUUCAAGGUGGCUGACUAUGAAGCGCUAAAGGAGCUUCUGAGUAAGCUGCAGCAGAACAUCAUCCACACGGAAGGCACUGUGGGAGAGGCCCUUCGCUACCAGCUGGCACAGACUGGCUUCAGCGCCCAGAUCCUGGAUGAGGGUCAGGUGCUCCUUGGCGCUGUGGGGGCGUUUAACUGGUCUGGCGGCGCGCUGCUCUACAACACGCAGUGCCGCCGGGGCCACUUCCUAAACCAGACUGGAGCAGAUACAGGAGCUGCACAGUACAGCUACCUGGGUUACUCAGUGGCGGUGCUGCACAAGGCCUGCGGUGUCUCCUACAUCGCGGGGGCUCCGCGGUACAGGCAACGUGGUGCCGUGUUUGAGCUCCAGCCGGACAGCAGAGAGGCCACCUUCGUGCAGGUGCUGGAAGAAAAGCAGUUGGGGUCCUACUUUGGUUCUGAGCUGUGCCCUGUGGACAUCGACAUGGAUGGGAUCACAGACGUUUUGCUGGUGGCUGCUCCAUUCUACCAUGUCCAUGGCGAAGAAGGCCGAGUCUACAUGUACCGUCUGUAUGAGCAGAAUUGUUCCUUCUCCUCGCCACACGUGCUGAGUGGAAAUCCCGGGUUCCCUAGUGCCCGCUUUGGCUUUGCCAUGGCAGCUGUGGGGGAUAUCAAUCAGGAUAAGUUCACAGAUGUGGUCAUCGGGGCUCCCCUGGAGGGUCUGGAGGUGGAUGACGGGGCCAGCUUCGGCAGUGUGUACAUCUACAACGGACACCAGGACGGCCUGUCUGCCAGCCCCUCACAGUGGAUCAGAGCCUCUGCCGUGGCCUCAGGACUCCACUACUUUGGCGUGUCUGUGGCUGGUGGCUUAGAUUUCAGUGGUGAUGGCCUUGCUGACAUCACUGUGGCCACACUGGGCCAAGCAACUGUGCUCCGCUCAGGGCCUGUGGUUCGCCUGAAGGUGUCCAUGACCUUCACCCCCAGUGCACUGCCCAUUGGUUUCAAAGGCAGGGUGGAUGGACAUUUGUGUUUUGAAAUGAGUUCCACAAUGGCGGCAGCUGAAUCAGGUCUCAGAGAGACGUCACUCAACUUCACAGUGGGUGUGGAUGUGGAGAAGUCGAGGAAAAGGCUGCAGUGUGUGAACGCCAGGGACUGUCUGAGCCAUCAUCAGAAGUGGAAUAGGGGGCCCCGUCUUUGCAAUAACCUCCAGCUUGUCUCCCCGGAGGGAGAGCUCUGUGAGGAGGACUGCUUCUCCAACAUCACUGUCAAGGUCAGUUACCAGCUCCAGGCUCCUGAGGGAAGGGAGCGGCACCCCUGCCCCAUCCUGGACAUCUACGAGGAGCCCUCUGCCGUCUUCCAGCUACCCUACGAGAAGGUCUGCAAGAAUAAGCUGUUUUGCAUCGCUGACUUACAGCUGGCCACCACCAUAUCUCAACAGGAAUUGGUGGUGGGGCUCACCAAAGAACUGACCAUGAACAUUAGCCUAACUAACUCUGGGGAAGAUUCCUAUAUGACAAGAAUGACUUUGAAUUACCCCAGAAAUCUGCAGUUUAAGAGGCUACAAAAGCCUCCCUCUCCAAACAUUCAGUGUGCUGACCCUAAGCCAACUGCAUCCAUCCUGGUCAUGAACUGCAAGAUGGGUUACCCCAUACUCAAGAGGUCAUCUGUAAACAUGUCAGUAGUUUGGCAGCUGGAGGAGAGUGUCUUUCCAAAUAGAACAGCAGACAUCACUGUGACCAUCAGCAAUUCCAAUGAGAGAUCUUUGGCCAGAGAGAUCCAUAAUCUUCAAUUCCGGCAUGCCUUCACUGCAGUUCUUUCCAAACCAUCAGUGAUGUACAUGAACACAAGCCAGCAGCUUUCUGACCAUAAAGAAUUCCUUUUCAAUAUACAUGGAGAAAAUCUCUUUGGAGCCCGAUUCCAGUUGCAAAUUUGUAUACCAAUCAAAUCACAAGGUCUCCAGGUUGUAAGAGUGAAGAACUUGAAAAAGAUUCAGACCUCUACUGUGUGCACCCAGAGUGAGGAGCGUGCAUGUGGGAGCGAUCCGGUCCAGCAUGUGGAAGAGUGGCACUCGGUGAGCUGUGCCAUCACUUCGGAUAAAGAAAAUGUCACCGUGGCCGCAGAGAUCUCCGUGGGUCACUCUAAGCAGUUACUAAGAGAAAUAACUGAGCUACAGGUCCUUGGUGAAAUAUCUUUCAACAAAGAUCUAUAUGAGGGACUGAAUGCAGAGAACCACAGAACCAAGAUCACAGUCAUUUUCCUGAAAGAUGAAGUAUACCAUUCUUUGCCUCUCAUCAUUGGAAGCAGUGUGGGUGGCCUUCUGGUUCUGAUUGUGAUUAUAAUCAUCCUGUUCAAGUGUGGCUUUUUUAAAAGAAAAUAUCAACAGCGCAACUUGGAGAGCAUGAGGAGGGCCCAGCUGAAAGCAGACGAUUUGUUCACAGAAGAAAAUUAGGAUCUGCAUCUUCAUCCAUUAGGAUCCUUAAACUUCUAGAAGCUUGGUGUUGUCCUGGUUACUUUUUCCUUAGGAUGAUCGAAAGCAGUGUUGAAUAAAUUAUAGAAUAUUGUUUUUUAAUCCUAGGUUGUCCUAAAAGUAUCUGUAUAUUGUCAAAAAAGGAAACUUGGAAAACAUUUGAUAUUAAAGUAAAUGGUUUUCUUUACAAUUGUGCCUUAAAUAUGCAAAUAUUCUUUUGCAGUAAAUUUUGAUGUCUGAUAGGCCAAAUUUUCAUUCUUAUAUUUUUAAAAAUUGGUUGUAUUCUUUCAGACAUAUUUUAGUGUCAGUUUUCCAGAGUUCCACAAGAAACUGUUUGUGGUUUAAGUGUAUGGGUUAAAUUGGGAAAAGUUGGUAUCUUUACAAUAUUUUCUCACUCAGAAAUGCAUUUCUCUAUUUGAUGAGUUUAAAAAAAAAAGACACUCUGCUACAAAAUUUAUCAUGUUCUUCAGAGAGGUCUUAAUUCAUGAAGACCAUUACUUUCACAGGUCUUAAUUUAUGACCUUUCUUUUUCUCUGUCUAUAAUAAAGAGAUUGAUAAAUUAAGACCUUUCUGGAGAACAUGAUAAAACCUUAUAGCAGAUUUUUUUUUUAUAUACAUUCUUGAACCCCAGGCCUUGUGCAUAUUAGGAUGCACUUCCAGCCCUAUUUGCUUCUUUAUUAAUGGAAGUCUGAUAACUACCCUACUUUCAAAAUAGUAUGAGUUAAAAUGUAUUCAGUGAUAUUUGCAAUAGCUCUGACAUGAUGGGAAAAUUAAUUUCGAUUCAUAUCCAGAUUAUAGGUAUGAAGGUUUGUUACCUACAUUUGUGAUUGAAUAAAAUACAGUUAUUCAUUU